CAGAUUUCUGCAAGGCUUCCUGGAAGCUAUGCAGUGAAGAUGUGUGCUGCCAGGUUCAGUGGCUGCCUCAAUGGCUGUGCCGAGGAGGCCGCCGGUGGUGGCGCUGUGGGUGCUCCGGCCACGGCCUCCAGGAUGCUGGACUGGACAGAGGCGGGUCCCCGCAUCCUCCACAGCCUGGAGAUGGGGACAGUGAUGACCGUCUUCUACCAGAAGAAGUCCCAGCGGCCCGAGAGGAGGACCUUCCAGAUAAAGCAGGACACGCGGCAGAUAGUGUGGAGCCGAAACCCAGACAAAAUAGAAGGAGAAAUCGAUGUACGAGAGAUCCGGGAGCUGCGGUUGGGGAAGGGCUCCCGUGAUUUUGAGCGCUACCCGGAGGAGGCCCGCAAGCUGGACGCCGCCCACUGCUUCAUCGUGCUCUACGGUCUCGAGUUUCGCCUGAGGACACUCAGCUUGGCUGCCUUCAGUGAGGAGGAGGUCAACAUGUGGAUCACUGGGCUCACCUGGCUGAUGACUGACACUCAGCGGGCACCUGCACCCCAGCAGACAGACAGGUGGCUGAGGAAACAGUUUGAAGUCAUGGACAGGAACCACGAGGGCAGCAUCACAGUGAAGGAUGUGAAAGCUCUGCUGCCUCAGGUCAACUACAGAGUCCCCAACAUGCGCUUUCUCAAAGACAAGCUGCAGGAGGUGGAGGCCAGGAGCGAUCUGUCCUACCCGAACUUCGCACAGCUCUACAGGACGCUGAUGUUUGACGCUCAGAAGAGUAUUAUUGAGCAGCUGGAGCUCUCCUUCCCUCUGCGGAACGUUGACAGACCAGAGCUUUGUCAGAUCUCCCUCUACGACUUCCAGAAGUUUUUACAGAUGGACCAGAAGGAGUCCUGGGCGUCGGAUCUGAGUCGUGUCAGAGAGUUCCUCAUGGGGUACAUGAGGGGGGGCCCGCAGACUGAGCCCAUGCUACAACUUGACGAGUUCCUGACUUUCCUGUUCUCUAAAGAGAAUUCCAUAUAUGACCCUCGACUUUCCACUGUUGUUCCUGAUGACAUGAAAAGGCCGCUGUCUCAGUAUUGGAUCUCCUCUUCGCACAACACCUACCUGACAGGUGAUCAGUUUUCCAGUGAAUCAUCUCUAGAAGCCUACGCCCGCUGCCUGAGGAUGGGCUGCCGUUGCAUUGAACUGGACUGCUGGGAUGGACCAGACGACCUGCCGAUCAUCUACCAUGGCCACACUUUAACCUCCAAGAUCAAAUUCCUGGAUGUGCUGCACACCAUCAAAGAACACGCCUUCGUCACAUCUGAGUAUCCUGUGAUCUUGUCCAUCGAGGACCACUGCAGCGUGGUCCAACAGAGGAACAUGGCCACGCACUUUAAGAAGGUGUUUGGAGAUCUGCUGCUCACCAAGCCGGUCGACAACAAUGCUGAGGAGCUUCCCUCACCCCACCAGCUCCGCAGGAAGAUCCUCAUCAAGCACAAGAAACUGGUCGAAGGCACGCUUUACGAAGAGGUGUCAUCAGCCAGCUACUCGGAAAACGACAUCAGCAACUCUCUGAAGAACGGCAUCCUGUACCUCGAGGACCCCAUCGACCACACGUGGACUCCGCACUAUUUCGUCCUGACCAGUAAUAAGAUUUACUACUCAGAGGAGACGUCUCAUUACCAAACAGCUGAUGAAGAGGAGGACGAUGAAGGCAAAGAGGAGUGCAACAACAACGAGCAGCACUGUGCGGAGCGCUGGUUCCACGGGAAGCUGGGUGGAGGCCGCGAUGGUCGACAGGUGGCCGAGAAGCUACUGCAGGAGUACUGCGAGGGCGGGGCCAAAGAUGGCACCUUCUUGGUUCGGGAGAGCGAGACGUUUGUCGGAGACUACACCCUCUCGUUCUGGCGCUCAGGUCGAGUCCAGCACUGCAGGAUCCAUUCACGUCAGGAGUCUGGCUCCACCCGCUUCUACCUGACUGACAACCUGGUGUUUGAGAGCCUCUACCGCCUCAUCUGCCACUACAGAGACACGCCUCUGCGCUGCAACGAGUUUGAGAUGAGGCUGGGCAGCCCUGUGCCUCAGCCCAACGCUCACGAGAGCAGAGAGUGGUACCACUCCAGUCUGUCCCGGGUUCAGGCCGAACACAUGCUGAUGCGGGUCCCCAGAGACGGCGCUUUCUUGGUGCGAAAGCGCAGCGAACACAACUCCUACGCCAUCUCCUUCAGGGCGGAGGGGAAGAUCAAACACUGUCGCAUCCAGCAGGAAGGCCGUCUCUUCAUGUUGGGCAGCUCGGCAGAGUUUGAGAGCCUCGUCGACCUCGUGAGCUACUAUGAGAAACAUCCUCUGUACCGCAAGAUGAGGCUCCGGUACCCCAUCAACGAGGACACUCUGGACCGGAUGGGCACCACGGAGCUUGACUACGGGGCGCUGUACGAGGUCCGCACUCCUCAUUUCUAUGUGGAGGCCAAUAAGAUGCCAACAGCUCGAUGUACCGUCAAAGCUCUGUAUGACUAUCGAGCUCAGAGGGAAGACGAGCUCUGCUUCCCCAAGCAGGCGCUCAUCCUCAAUGUGGACAAGCAGGACGGCGGCUGGUGGCGAGGUGACUACGGAGGAAAGAAACAGCUGUGGUUUCCUGCAAACUACGUGGAGGAGGUUCCCAGCUCUCCCAUCAGGGAGCUGGACGAAGCAUCCACAGAGAACAGUCCGCUUGGAACGUUCCUCAAAGGUUUCAUUGACGUUCCCACCUGUCAUGUAGUGGUGCAUAAGGAUGGGAAGAAUUCCCGUCCCUACGUGUGCACCAUCCACUCGCAGCACCUGUCGUCUCACCCGGUUCAGAGCCUGGAUGUGGCAGCCGACAGUCUGGAGGACCUAACCAGCUGGGUCAACAGGAUCAGAGAGGCCACGCAGAAUGCUGACGCACGGAUGCAGGAGGAGAAGCAAAUGGAGAGGAGGAAGAAGAUUGCGGUGGAGCUGUCAGACCUCGUGGUCUACUGCAGACCUGUCCCCUUCAACGAGGACAAGAUUGGGACGGAGAGGGCCUGUUACCGGGACAUGUCCUCCUUCCCAGAGACAAAGGCAGAGAAGUUUGCCACACGUGGCAGAGGGAAACGUUUUCUGCAGUACAACCGCCGGCAGCUUUCCAGAGUCUAUCCGCGAGGACAGAGGCUGGACUCGUCCAACUACGACCCGCUGCCCAUGUGGCUCUGUGGCUCCCAGCUGGUUGCACUCAAUUUCCAGACCCCGGAUAAACCCAUGCAGCUGAAUCAGGCCUUGUUCAUGCUGGGAGGUGGCAGCGGCUUCGUCCCCCAGCCUGAUGUCAUGCGGGACGACGCCUUUGACCCGUUUGACAAAUCCACCUUACACGUGGAGCCAAUCACCAUGCAGCUACAGGUGCUGGGAGCUCGCCACCUGCCUAAAAAUGGCCGCAGCAUCGUGUGCCCGUUUGUGGAGGUGGAGAUCUGUGGAGCUGAUUUCGACAGCUGCAAGUGCAAGACGGACGUCGUAGCUGAUAACGGCCUGAAUCCUGUGUGGGUGCAGAAGCAGUUUGUGUUUGACAUCCACAAUCCCACCUUCUCCUUUCUGCGCUUCACGGUCUAUGAGGAGGACAUGUUCAGCGAUCCUAACUUCCUGGCGCAGGCGACCUACCCUGUCCGUCUGCUGCGAACAGGCUACAGGAGCGUCCCUCUGAAAAACAGCUACAGUGAGGAGCUGGAGUUGGCUUCACUUCUGGUCCAUAUAGAGAUCGUCAAUGCAAAGGAGGAAGAUGAUGAGAACCUGUACAUGUCCAUCCAGCGGCUGCGGGAUCGAACCAGCGAGCUGUCGAACCAGGUUUCCCUCCUGGAGAGGUCGGGCUCAGGGGAUCUCAGCUAUCAGCAGAGCCUGGAGGAGCUCAGAGCGGCUCAGGAUCAGCUCAGUGAGCUGGUGGAGGCUCGAAACCGCAGGCUGAUGGAGAAGAAGAGGAGGGAGAAGCUGAGGCAACAGGUUGCAGCAAAGCGCACCUAAUCCUCCGGUCCAGCAGAGGGCGCUUCAGUGCAACACAAACACUCGCCUCCGUCGGUGCUGUGCGGCGGCAGAAGCCUGAGAGGACAACAGGCUCUUCACAACAGCGACAGGCAAUCCAUUUCUGACUGGAAACACAAACAUGUCCCGUCACAAUAAAAUGUGAGGUUUUAUUGCAUACUGUUGUACUAACAGCAGAGGAAAAGUGACAUCUGAAGCAUCUCAUGGACUUUAAAAACCUCACAAAACUAAGCUAUAAAAACAAUCAAAUGGGCUGAAGGCUGAAACACGUUAAGAGCAAACUGGAGAGAACUGAUGUCUUCACGUGAAAUGAGACAGACUGUCAGCAGAAAGAUUUCUGAAUAUCACCGUCAUCUCAGAGCUGAAACCAUUAGUUGAUUAAUGGCUUAGCCACUGGACAGAAGUUUAAGCAGCAAAAAUAGAUUACAAAUCUAUCAUUUUACAAACAAAAAUAAUUUCAAUUCAAUUCAAUUCAGUUCAGUUCAGUUCAAGCUUUUGAGUUGUGAGGAUUUUAUGCUUUUCUUUGCGUUAUGUGAUCAGAAAUUGUUCAUUUAUGAAAAGAAUAAAGAAAAUUAACAUUUCACACAAUGAGCGAGAAGUGAGUAAGAGACGCCUUCAGAAAUGAAGUGUGAAGGUCAACAAGUUCACUCUUACUGUGUUUUGGUCUUCAGUGAGAAAAACAGGAUAUAAGGGAGAAGAAAACUCAGGUUACACAAGUGGAUGGAAUAAAAGAAAAAGAGAGCAAGUGGGCACAUGUAGCAAAAAGUAAAAAUCAAGUAUGUGCCUUUGAUGUUGCGCUUUGUGGAGUCUAAUUACUCUGGUGCGUCAGUCCUCUCGAGUUUAACAAAGUAAAAUACGACUGACUGCUUUCUGUACAACUGGAAAAGUGGCCCUUAAAGGGAAAACUACUAACCAACUGGAGGAGGACUUCAUUGGCUGGCUUGGACCACUACUCCUGAAAUGGGCUUCAAAAGGGAUUUAAACAGUCUGUUCCUCUUGAUCAUGUCUUUUUGUUGGGUGUUCGGAUUAACCCCCCCUCCCUACCCAAAAGGUGGUGGGGGGCUCCUAUCACGGACAUUCAUGAUCUGUCUGGGAGAGCACAAACUGGACGAACAAAUCCUCACCAAACCACACACAGAAGGUCUUUUAAUACUUCUUUAAAGGGCUCUAAAUACAUCUAUACUACCUUCAGAGAGGCGUGAGAGCGGCGAGGAGGAAAGAGGAAGACUGCCUUCCUCAAAGCGUCCGCUAGAUGUCACCUGCACAGAGGCUCAGGUGUGAUCAUCACAGUUGGCUACACACACGACAACAACAACAACAACAACAACCAAGGGCUAUCACAAAACCUAACUAGCAAAGCGCUCUUUCACCUGCCGGUUCAGACUUGUCGCCUCGCGUCUGGACCACACAAACCCAGACCAGUUCCCAGCAUCUGGCUCUAAUCAACAGAUGCGUCUCAGCUGGUCCUGGAUUUGCCAAAAACGGCUUCAAAUUGACAAACUGCAUGGCUUAAUAUUUAAUAAUGCCCCCGACCCCCAACCUUCUGUAGCGACUCCCCACAUCCUCCUGUCUAAUUUCUCGUUGUAUAUAACUUCUUUUAUUUAUCACAUAGGUGUAGAUCCUGUUUUAACUGAUGAAAGAGCAUCGUAGGAGAGCGAGAAUGGACUUCAGAUUGAAGAUACUGUAACUUUAUGUAGAAAUUAACAUUGUGUACCUGGAGCUCCCUUUAACUGUCCCUGUAGACACACACCUCUCUUUCUCCCUAUGCUACAGUUGCACUGGGUAGGGACUUCUAUGCAAAGGUCGUCUUCGUGGCCUAUAGACAUUGUAUAUUAGUUGUGUUUUCUCUCCAUAUCUAUGCUAACUGUCCAGUAUUAUUACUCUGCAUUUACAAAUCCUGUGUAAGUUUCCAUUUAAUAAAGCUCUUUCAUGUA